GUGCAAUUAGUGUUCGCGAAUGGUGGGGAAAGGAAAGAUGUUUCUGUAUAUAAGCGCGGCCUGUCAGGGACUUGCCACCUUCGCCUGUGAUCUCAUUGCUCGAGCCAACAUGCACUGGAAGACGGCGGUGGUCGUCUUAUUAGCCGGAGUGGCUACAGCCGCUCGUCUUGACAACACAUACCUGCCUCCAGCGGGUGCAGCGUACUCCGGUGGUACCGGUGGUAGUGGAGGGAUCGCUGCACCUUUUGGGGGAUCUGGAGGAGCCGGAGGAUAUGGUGGUGCUGGAGCUAAAGGAGGCGCUGGUGGAUACGGUGGGGCAGGCGGUGCUGGUGGAUACGGUGGUGCCGGAGCAGCUGGAGGCCGCGGCGGAUAUGGAGGAGCUGGAGGUGCCGGAGCAGGCGGAUAUGGUGGAGCUGCAGGUGCCGGAGCUGGCGGAUAUGGUGGUGCCGGAGGUGCAGGCGGCGCAGGAGCCGGUGGUUAUGGAGGAGCUGCAGGAGGAGCAGGAGGAAGAGGUGGAUACGGUGGAGCAGGAGGUGCAGGAGCCGGUGGUUAUGGUGGAGCUGGAGCUGGUGGUGCCGGAGCCUACGGAGGUGCUGGUGGAGCCGGCGGACGUGGAGGAUAUGGUGGAGCUAGUGGAGCCGGAGCAGGUGGAUACGGAGGCGCUGGAGCUGGUGGAGCUGGAGGAUACGGAGGUGCUGGAGCUGGUGGAGCCGGGGGAUACGGAGGUUCUGGAGCUGGAGGUGCCGGAGGAUUUAAGGGUGCUGGAGCUGGAGGAGCAGGAGGAUAUGGUGGAGCCGGAUCUGGAGCUGGAGGCUAUGGCGGCGCUGGUGGAGCCGGAGGACGUGGAGGUUAUGGUGGAGCCGGAGGUGCUGGAGCUGGUGGUUAUGGAGGUGGUGCCGGAGCCGGAGCUGGAGGUUAUGGAGGUGCCGGAGGUGCUGGUGGUUAUGGAGGCGCUGGUGGUGCUUCUGGACCCAUCAUUCCCAUCAUCUCAUACGAAAACAAUCCCAAUCUUGGAGAUGGCUCUUACUCUUGGAGCUAUGAAUCUGGUAAUGGAAUCAAGGCUCAAGAGGAAGGAUAUUUGAAACCUAGUGCCCCUGAAGGUCCUGGAGAGGCUGCUCAAGGAUCAUUUUCUUACACCGCACCUGAUGGCCAGCAGAUAUCUCUGUACUACACGGCUGAUGAGAACGGGUUCAUCCCCCAAGGAGCCCAUUUGCCAACUCCUCCCCCUAUUCCUCAAGAAAUUCUCGAAGCUCUCCAGAAGAACGCUGCAGAUGAAGCUGCUGGAAUCUAUGACGAUGGCAGCUACCAGGGUGGUGGUGCUGGUGGAGCUGGAGGCUAUGGAGGAGCUGGUGGUGCAGGAGGUUACGGAGGUGCUGGAGCUGGUGGUGCUGGAGGUUAUAAGGGAGCUGGAGCUGGAGGCUAUGGAGGCGCAGGAGCUGGUGGUGCUGGAGGAUAUGGAGGCGCUGGAGCUGGUGGUGCUGGUGGCUAUGGAGGUGCCGGAGCAGGUGGAGCUGGUGGCUAUGGAGGCGCUGGAGCAGGAGGUUACAAGGGAGCUGGAGCAGGUGGUGCCGGAGGAUAUGGAGGAGCUGGAGCUGGUGGUGCUGGAGGCUAUGGAGGUGCCGGAGCUGGUGGAGCUGGAGGCGCUGGAGGUUAUGGAGGCGCAGGAGCUGGUGGAUACAAGGGUGCUGGAGCUGGUGGUGCUGGAGGCUAUGGUGGUGCCGGAGCUGGUGGCGCUGGAGCUGGUGGCGCCGGAGGUUACGGAGGCACUGGAGCUGGAGGUUAUGGAGGCGCCGGAGCUGGUGGUGCUGGAGCCGGAGGAUAUGGCGGUUCCGCUGCUGGUGGUUAUGGAAGUAAAGGAGGUUUCGCUGGCGCCGGUGGUGCUGGUGGUGCCGGUGGUGGUUAUCAACAAGGAGGUUCGUCUGGAUACUCGUAUCCUAAGCCCGGUAAAUAAGGAAAUCGGCUCUUUAGUUACGGGAAUUGCAUUUACUAUUGCAAUACAAGUAAAACGCUUAGUAUAACAUACGUUACCGUCAGCAGUCAACCAAAAGGUUCUCAACGUCAGUAUUACUAUUUUUUAAGAUUAAGUUAAUAUUAAGCUUCUCUUUUUUAACUUGAAUAUCUUCAAUUAAAGAAUUUGUACUAGCCACUUUGAGUUUAUAUCUACAGUAUAGAAUAAUGUAAGUGACGGUUAGAUUUCAAUAAUUUUCUUUUAAAAGUUUCUAGUGUUAACGCCUGAGUUUUGUACAAUCUGAUAUGUUUUUCUUAAAUUACUUUCUACUUUGGGCCAUAUAUUUACACUCAGUGCCAAGCUCCUCUAUUGUGAUAUGUAAAUUGUAACACCAGGUGUUCAAUACUUAAGGCGUUUUUACGGAUAUCGACUGUAUAUAAGUUAUUAUAUAAGUGUAUAUAUGUAAUGAAUUAUUAUUGAUUUAAUAAAUGUUUUGUAUGAAAUAAAA